CGAGGUGGAAGGACCAUGAAAUUCACACUGCCAGAAAGCGUCUUCCCCGACGUGAACCUGUCCAAACAGCACCAAGAAGCGUUGGUCGAAGAAGCCGAGAAGCUCGUGCGCGAGACUCUCGCAGCCAACGAAGCCUUCCUGGCCGAGGGUGGUGCCACGUUUCGAGAUCCGAGUUGUUGGAGACUCGUGCGCGCAAAGGACGGCUUGAAUGUGCACCAUCGACUCCGAGCGCAGCCCAAUAGCUCUCGCCCCGUCCUGCUGGGCCAAUCCCAGGUUACAGACCCCUGGGGGGCUAGUACAAGUAGCACUGUUCAAGAUGCACCCGUGAGGCGUCCUGCCGGCUACGAGAUGGUUCUGCAUGGCACAGUGGAUGGGACUCUGGACGACACCAUGUAUGGGGCCUUUGCCGCCACCGACCGAGCGUGGAUGUGGCGGAGCUCGCAUAUCAACGACCGCCUCGACGACGCGCGCGUACUGGCGACUGUCAGAGGACCCACUCGCGAAGACCCGUUCCGGUUUCUGGGGGUCAAGUGGUUCGUUAAGGAGAUCCCUGCUGUGCUCACGGGCCUCGUACAGCAGCGUGACUACCUGAUUCUGGAGGCCACGGGGCUCACGCGGGACUCAAAGGGCGAAAGGGUCGGCUACUACCUGAUGCAUUCCAUCUCCCUGCCACGGAUCUUCCCCGAGCUCACGGAUUUGGGUCUUCUUCGUGGCGAUUUAAGCCUUUGCUUCAUCAAUCGCCAGCGUGAACACAACAAGGUGGAGAAAUACUGCCGCAACUUCAGCGACCCCCGGGGUAAAGUUCCCGAUCGGGUGGCUGUGGCGGUCAACGCGGACUCGCUCAUCAGUGCCGCCAGUAUCGUCGACUACGCGUACAUCAAGAAACUCACGUGGCUCAUGAUGGACAAAGGAGAACAAAUAGCUGCGCGUCGUCGCCGACCGAGGGGCGAGUCUCGACCCAAGAGCUGCGAUAACUGUAGCAAAACUUUCACCAAGUUUGCGCUACCUGGUACACGACCAGGCGUCGAAUGCCAGAUUUGCCGUAGGGUGGUGUGCGGACGAUGCAACGUGGCCAAGAAGAUGACGGUGGACGUAUCGGGCACGGGGACAGUGAAGCAGGUUACGCUGCGAUUCUGUCUGGAAUGCAUCCGUGAAGCCAAGGAGAAGUCUGUCUGGGAGAUGGCGCUCAGUGGGGUCGAAACGUCGACGGAGACAUCGUCUGGGUCGGGUUCGGCUGGGUCGGGGCGUUACCGAUAA